UAGUUUCCGAUGAAUCCGACUGAAUUCAGAUUCUCAAAUUAAUUGCAGAGAAUUCCAUGGAGAGCCAGCGCGACUGUAAACCUCCGAAGCUGAAGACCUUAGACGGAAUCAUCUCACCGAUGAUAAACUUAGCCAACAGCCGCCGCUACAGUUCAAUAUUCGAUCCAUACGGAUCCGACAGCUCCAACUCUCCGUCUCCGCUGAUGACGUAUCUGCGCUCCGCCGAUCCUGUGACCUCCAUCGAUUCUCCGCCGGUGUUCAUCACGCCGAUCAAGGUCGAGGAGGACGUGAUCGUAAUGGAUGGAAUACCUGUUCCUAAGUCCAACCGAGGAGGCGGCGGCGGCGGCGGCGAACCGCGAAUGCGAUUUCCAGCAACAUCGUCAAAUUCCAUAACCGGUGGAAGAUCGAACUCAUCUUCUUCAUCGCUGGCGACAGGUUGCAGCAACAGAGGUGUCGCCACCGACAAUAUCAAAAGCCAUAACAAGCACAGACUGUGUCGCUUCUGGGAGUCCACUGGCAUAUGCCAAUUCGGUACCGAAUGCCAGUUCGCGCACGGCAAGGAGGAGCUCCGCCCACCGCGUUCAUCAGGCAAGCCCAAAUUUGAGAUCUUCAAAUUGACCGGCAAUUCAGAGGGUUUAAGUUCAUCCUCGUAUGGCACAAAAUAUACCCCAAUCAGCCAAGCCAGACCAGAAGAAGAAUCAACCAUGUCAUUGCGAACAGGAAUGGCUUUCCCCAAACCACAACAACAACCACAGCCUGCUGUUGGGACCAACAAAGAUUCAACUCCUCCCAAGCCCAAAUCCGAUUGGUCUCCCCUCGACGAUGGGAUUAGUUUCAAGCUUCUUCGAGCAGGAUCAUCCGAGGAGAAAAGCCCUUCGAAGGAAGACCUAGAUUCUUACAUAGAGAAAGUUCUUUAUGGAGGUAACAAUUCAAGAAAGCGAUUGCCUGUUUUUAGAGAAAUUUGCCGUGACUAGUUUGAGAAGGUAGAUAUGAUGAUAUGAUAUGAUACUCUAAUCUUUUUUGGUGAAUAA